ACCUAUAUAUAGUUCAAAAAUCCUUUCGCCUCGAUAGGAAGUGAGAGCUCCAACUCUGAAUCGAAAGCGAGAAAAACCCAACGCGCAAUUCAUCUGCCAUGAGAGCUGUUCUUCUGAGAACCGGUUCGUACGCCGUCCAGUCUCCCCCGGUCUUCCCCGGUUCGGCCCAAGUUUCUCUCUACCGUCACGACUCCGCCUCCAGCCUAUUCUCCUGCGAGAGGAGCUCCGUUAACUCCCCGAGGACUUCUCUGCAUCUUGAUAUCAAUCGCAGGAGAGACGCUCCGGUCACGGCGAGCGGCAUUCGUAGGGCGUUUUCGGAAAGCGAUGUUAUUCGGUCCGAAGUCCGAUUCUCCAGACUGACCGAGGCCGGAUCUCGAUCUUUUCCGGCGAGAAUACCCGGGGAGGAGUUUCUCUCAGAAAACGACGAUGAUGGAAUCGGAUCGUUGUCAACCAUCGACGGGAUAUGGCCGGAAAUCGGGAUUCCGGUUGAGGAACCGAGUUUCCCCGGCGAUGGGUUCGGUAGAGGAGGGAAGAACCGAGGCGGAGGCGAUGGCGGCAACGGAAUCGGAAACGGCGAGGACCGGAGCAAGAUCGGAGCGUACUACUUGGAAAUGCUAAAGUCAAACCCAGGAGAUUCACUCUUGCUCAGAAACUACGGAAAAUUUUUGCACGAGAUGGAGAAGGAUACGGUGAGAGCGGAGGAGUACUAUGGGAGAGGAAUAUUAGCGAGUCCCGGAGACGGAGAAUUAUUGUCGCUGUACGGGAAGCUGAUAUGGGAUACACAGAGAGAUGGAGAUAGAGCCAAGUCCUACUUCGAUCAGGCCGUUCAUGCCUCCCCUGAUAACUGCACGGUGUUGGGGUUGUAUGCACACUUCAUGUGGGAAGCGGAAGACGAGGAGGAAGAAAGCAUGGGGGCGUCGCCGGCUCUGGCUCCGGCUCUUUAGCUAUUUUUUUCUCUGGAUAUCUUUUUUCAGCCUUAAUGUUGAUAUUUUAAUCUAAUUUUGUAAACAAAAUAGGCGCAGUAUAUGAAUUUUAUAAUAGUUAACAGAGUAA